UCUGCGCACGUCUCGUCACUUCUCGCGAGAACACAACCGAACCCGGGAAAGGUCCUAACAGCUCGCUACUGCUCGAUGAAGCAAACGUUUGCCUGUCUUGUGGGCAUUUCACGGCUUUACUCCAAUCCUUCCGGGAGGAAGAUGACUCUGACGGCCACGUCUUCCUCGCACAAGACCAGCAUUUUGAGUAAAUUGGACCGUCUCAGGAAGCGCGACGUCCUGUGCGACAUCACACUGAUGGUGGAGGACGAGCACUUCCGGGCGCACAAGGCCCUGCUGGCGGCGAGCAGCGACUACUUCUCACAGCUCUUUACCAACCAGGACCAUGGAGGCGGCGGCGGUGGCGGUGCCACCUGCCGGCUUGACGGCGUGGCGGCCAGCAUGUGCGGCGCCGUGCUGGACUUCAUCUACAGCGCUCAGGUGUGCGUGGAGAAAGGCGGCACCCGGCAGCUGCUGGCCGCCGCUCGUCUGCUGCAGGUGGGCGACCUCGUCGAGGCCCUGCUGCCCGGACUCGGCGAGGGGGCGGAGCCAGAGCCGACCGCGCCGCCGAGGACCAAAAGGGCGCGGCCAAAGACGACGGUGGCGACGAGUAAGUCGGGAGAGGAAGACGACCGCGCCGAAGGAGCGUCGGAACGCGAAGAUCGGUCGAGUCGACGCAGGCGGCGCAAGAUCACCCCGCCGAUGAAGUACAGCGUCUUCAAGGUGGGCGCCGACGCUUCGGGAGGGGGAGAGUUGGGGAGGAGAGGAAGGAGGAGGAAGUACCCCGACACGGAGGCCAGGUGUGACGACUGCGGCAAAGUCUUCAAGAACCAUCUUUUCCUGAAGAUACACCAGCGCACUCACACAGGUGAGAAACCCUUCGUGUGCCAGGUGUGCGGGGCGGCGUUCACCCAGAAGCACACGCUGCUGGUCCACCUGCACAAGCACACCGGAGAGACGCCGUUUGUGUGCAGCGUGUGCUCCAAAGCCCUCGCCACCAAACACAGCCUGCAGGAGCACAUGAACCUCCACCAAGAAAACAAAUCCUUCUGCUGUGACAAGUGCGGGAAAAGCUUCACUCAGCAGAGGCAGCUAAAAAGUCACUACAGAGUCCACACGGGCAAGUCCCUUUCAGAGUGUGCUCAGUGCCACCGCAAGUUUUUGGACACGGCUCAGCUCAAAAAGCACCUGCGCACUCACACAGGUGAGAAGCCUUUCACCUGCGAGAUCUGCGGCAAGUGUUUUUCUGUCAAGAGCACUUUGCAGACGCACAUCAGAAUCCACAGAGGCGAAAAGCCGUACAGCUGCAGCGUGUGCGACAAGUCCUUCUCGGACGCCAGCGCCAGGCGCCGCCACGUGGCCUCCCACUCAGGGAAGAAGCCCUUCACCUGCUCGGAGUGCGGCCUCUCCUUCACACGUCUGGACAACCUGAAAACGCACGUCAACUCGCACGACAAGGAGAGGCGGGAGGCCUCGCCGCGAGGAGGAGGUGGCUCGCAGGUCCAGAAGUACCAUCUCACGCCGGGCUCGGGGCAGGAGAUCCAGCUGAUGGCGACGGAGGACAACGCCGACUUUGCCCACAGCGUCAUCACCUCCGAGGAGUCGUCGGCCCAGUCGGGGAACAGGACGAGCACGCAGGUGGGUCCGUCGGCGCACGUCAUCACGCUGAGCAAAGAGGCCAUGGAGCACCUGCGGACGCCGCACCUGCUCCGCCUGGCGCAAGGACCGGUCCGGCAGCAGCAGGGGGCGCCGCACGCUCAGGCCAUCCACGUCAGCAACCAGGCCGGCCAGCCCAUCUCUAUCAGCCAGACCAGCGAGCACAUCCCCAGCCACAACAUCCACGGACACACCUUCCAGAUACAAGCCGGGACCGUCUCCUGCCUCUACACCCCCGCCAGACCGCUGAGCUGACACUAGCGACACCACCCUCACCUGGCAGCUCCAACACCUGAUUUUUGCGCUCUACCUUCCACAUUUUUCAUCCGAUUCAAAGCGUUCCAACUUCAAACUGUUCAGCCUCUUCGGUGAAUGGCGGGCUUUCCCUUGACAAAUUCCAAAAAUUCCCAGAAUUCCAGGUUUCCCCGGACAUUUUUCCCAUUCAAAAUGAAUUGGCCGUUUUUCAAAGUUCCACCAUUUCCACAUUUUUCACCCAAUUCAAAGCGUUCCAUCUUCAAACUGUUCAGCCUCUUCGGGGAAUGGCGGGCUUUCCCUUGACAAAUUCCAAAAAUUUCCAGAUUUCCAAGAAUUCCAGGUUUUCCCGGACAUUUUUCCCAUUCAAAAUGAAUUGGCUGUUUUUCAAAGUACCACCAUUUCCACAUUUUUCACCCAAUUCAAAGUGUUCCAACUUCAAACUGUUCAGCCUCUUCGGGGAAUCGCGGGCUUUCCAUUGACAAAUUCCAAAAAUUCCCAGAUAUUCCAGGUUUUCCCGGACAUUUUUCCCAGUCAAAAUGAAUUGGCCGUUUUUCAAAGCUACGCCAUUUCCACAUUUUUCAACCUAUUCAAACCAUUCCACCUUCAACAUAUUCCACCAUUCUGGACAUUCAAACUUCCCCUUUUCCAAGUUCAAAAAAAUUCCAGGAUUUUCCAGAAUUCCUGCUUUUCCAAAGCCCUAUUUCCACCCUUUUUUCUGGUGACUACUCAUCCCACAUUUUCAACCCACUUCAACUGUUCCACCAUCAAAACAUUCCUCUUAAUCAGGACAAAAAACAAAGUUGUAUUUUGAACUGGAAAAAUUCCCGGUUUUUCUUGAAAUUCCAGGAAUUCCGUAAUACCAAAUCUCAAUUCAACAUGUUACUGCUUCAACAUUUCUCCGAUUUGAAAAAUGUCAACACCAACCAUUUCAACUCAUUCUGACCAUUCAAGUUGUUUACCAUUUUCCAAAAAAUUCCUGCUUUUCCCGAAAUUCCCAUUUUUUUCCAAGGAUAUUCUUCAAAGUUCCACAACUUCCACAUUUUUCAUCUGAUUCAAACUGUUCUAACUCCAAAAUAUUCAGCCUGUUCAGGAAUUGUGUGCUCUACUUAAAUCAAUUCUAAAAGAAAU